AUGGACGCCGAUUCGCAAACCUCCUCGCACGCUUCCGCGGGUGCCCUCGGAUGGGCCGCGGAGAAGGCCCGGUGGCGCGAUACCGUCCUCCGAUGCCCGGGGCUCGGGGACCAUCGCGUGGUGCUCGCGAGGGAUUCGGUGGCGUGCCUGGCGUGCGCGCUGGAGCUGUACGUGUUCCUCCACCUGAUGAUUCGCGACGACGGGAUCCCCUAUUACUUCAUAUGGCUCACCAACUGGACCGGAAUGGCCACCGUCGCGUACGCGGUGCUCCACGCGUGGGCCACGCGGCGCGCCGCGCGACUCCGAGACGACGUCGCCUACCGCGACCAGAGCGGGGUUCGCGACGACGAUUCGACGCCCGUCCCGGCCGGGGUGCACGCGCUCUGGGCCCUCAAAUGCAUCACCCCCGUCGCGCAGCUGUUCAUCACGGUGGUGUACUGGGGCGUGUUGUGGCGCCCGUGGUACGGCCCGGUCACCCCGCACAACGUCGUCGCGCACGGGGCGUUGUACGCCGUCACGCUCGUCGACUUUGCGACGCUCAACAGGUUCACGUUGGCCUCUUUCGCGGAUUUGACGAAUGCUUACAUGUAUGGGGGAGUCUACGUCUGCUUCAACGUGGUGUACACGUUCGUCCCGGGCGCCACGAACCACCGCGGGGACGAGUUCAUCUACCCCAUAACGGACUGGCGCUCGCGGACGCUCGUGUCGGUGGGGUUCGUAGUCGCCGCGUUCGCGAUUGUGUUGCCGGCGUCGUGGUAUGUCACGGUCCGACUGACAAAGUUGAGGGAUUCGCGGUGGUUCCCGGUUGAUGGACGGGACGGGGACGGGGACGGGGCGGAACGAACCGCCGGUGACGACGGGGACGGGGACGCACGCAGCUUCGCGUGA